GAGUCGGCUUCGCUUUCGGCAGGGCCUUCGAAGCUCUCCACGUCCGGUGUUUCCUGUUUUCCAGACCAAAGGGAAAACGUAACUCGUAACUAGACCCACGGUCCGUUUUCUUCUCGUUUCCGCAAGCUUCCCUCCGACAACGUUAUCCGUCGGUUUCCAUCUCGACCUCGUUCUUCCUCUCCUCAAGAGUCUCCACCGGACUCUCUCUCUCUCUCUCUCUCUCACGUACACUUUAUCUGGCACACGAUAUCUGAAUUUUGUCCGUCUAUUUCUUCUUCUGUUUUUUCUUCCUUCCGGUGCUCGUUCCUCCGAGUGUGUGCUUCGACGAUUCAACCAUCGCUGCCGCAACCGAGAGAAAGAAACACGCAGACAGACAGUUAGACAGAAACGAGUGUAUCUCGAUCGCGGGAUGACUCGAAAAAAAUGUGCGUCAUAUCGAGGUGGCUGACGAGGCUGGAAUCAGGCCUCGCUUGUAUCACGGUAGCACUUAGAGGAUGCACAAGCUAGCCAAGGGCCUGAAGAAGAAGAAAAAGCCGAAGAAGGGUAAGAAGGGAGCAGAGGAGAACGAGUUCGACCCGGAGGAGCUCGAGCGAUAUAGGCGCGAGCGGGCGGAGGCCCAGCAGAAAGCCGAGGAAUCCGGCGAGCAGGCCAGCAACGCCAGCUCUGACGAGUGGAAGAAGUUCGAGGCGUUGACCGCUGGCGUCGACUCGAUACUCAAGAAAACUCAGGGGGACCUCGAUCGUAUUAAGUCGACCUCGUUCUUCCAACGGAAACCGCCGUUGAAGGAGGAUAAGAAAGAGGAGGAGGAGGAAGAGGACCAGGACGAUCUUGGCAAGAAAGCUUCCUCGAAGAAGUGGGUGGGUUUCGACGAGGACGGCAAUCCCAUCGAGGAAGAGGCACCAGAUUUUGAAGGGAAGGUAAAGAAGGAGGAGAAGUCUCUGGUCAACGAGGACGGUUUCGUGGAUGUACCGGACGACGAAGAUGAGCACGAGGGCUCUGCUGAUGAAGACAUCUUCGAUACUACCUAUGUUGACGUUUUGCAGAAUAUCGACGUUCAAUUAGCUUACAUUCCUGACAGUCCCACUGAGGAGCAAACUGAAGACGAUCCAUUCGACACCACCAACGCGGAUAAGGUACUGAAGACAGUUGACAAGAAGGGGAAUAGGCUAGUCAGUUUAGGGAACGCGGUCGAGGUACUUUCUGGUAGAAUCGAUUACGUGAGUUCCUGUAAGAUCUCGAAGGGCAGACGUCCCAGACUGCAACAGGAUUUAUUGUUAGAUGAUUUCGAGGAGGUUGAGAAACUCGUGGAAGGUGGUAGCGAUGCAGUUUCAGAGCCAGUCGAAGUACAAAAGACCUUGCUCGACGACGACAGCGAUUUUCCGGAUAUUCCUGUAGAUUUAACGAAGCUUCCACCUGUUCUACCCAGACCUGUCAGUCCAGCUGCCAAUCAAGAUAAUAAUAACGCUGCAGAGGGCAAAUCGACGAAUGGACAUUUGGAUAUCUCCGAGUUUGAAAUUCUAAAAGAAAAGACUAUUCUAGACGAAAUCCCUGACUUGGACGACGCGGAAUUCGAUCUCACAGCUCCAUCAGAUGAGCCGGUACGUCUCGAAGAAGCCGAUGAUCCCUUUGGAAGUAAGGAACCCGAGGCUGUAGACUUUCAGACCGAGAUAAUAGAAGCUAGCUUCGAAACAGCCACCUACGUUGACGAGGAAGAUCCCUUCGACACUACAUUUGCUGACAAUAUCCUUCCUGGUAAGACAGAAUUGAAAUUUAUAGAGAAGGAAUUAGAGGAACUUCCGAUAUCCGAAGUUACGAUAUCAUUGACCGACCCUGCUGGAUUGAAUAGAGACUACGAGACGGGCUUAUUGAAAGAAGAAAAUGGUGCAAAAACUAGCGGUUUGCAUGGAAAGAAAGACCUUUUAGGAGGAUCCACGACUGAUCUGAGUAAACUUGCAGACGAGCCUAUAGCCCCAGUGGAGGAUAUCAGCUACGUAGAUCCGUUCGACACUUCAACUGUUCAAGAUAUUCCACCUGGAAAGACAGAGUUGAAGUUCUUGGAGAAGGAGCUGCUUGGUGAGCAACCAAAGCUAUCGAGUUCUUUAGACGACGACGAUUUUGAUCCGAGAAAAGACGAACAGGCUGUAGUACCAACUGAAACCACCUUAUCAAAGGCUCCACCAAGGCCAGCCCUUCCAACAGUACCCAUUAAACCUACUUUCCAGAUCAGCUUCGAAGAGGAAGAGGACGUCAGUGAGCUUCCCGACCAGGGACGAAGAUCAUCGAGACCGGAAGCACUUGAACUAGCACCCUCUAAAGCGGUUGCCUUCGAGUUACCGACACCAUCUAAGCGGCCAGAUUUACUCACGACCACUGACGAGGAAAAAGCGUUACCUUCGAAACCGCUAACUCCGUACUACUCGGAGAAAUCGAUCGAGGAUUUACUACCUAUACAAGAGGAAGAGGUCGAUGUCGAUCCCUUCGACACCAGCUUUGUAGCCAAGGUAGCCCCGGGUAAGACAGAACUGAAGCUAAUCGAAUCAGAACUGCUAAAUCAGGAGUCGAAAUUACCUCAUAGCCUGAGUGACCACGAUUUUGAUCCUCGUGCCGAAGGAGAACCGGUCAGAAGGCAAAGCGACUUCACCGCCAGUUCUAUCAGACCAAACAACUUGAAGAUCAACGCGCUGCAGGAUUCGGUGUUGCAGAAAUUUGAGGAACAGAAUCAACCGAAGCUACAAGAGAUACAACAGAGUUUGUUGGACGAAAAAAUCGAAGUGGAUGCGAGGCCCCUGACACCUAAGAUCGAAACAAAGAUAAUCGAGGAAAAGGAGGAGAUUUCUUACGACGAUCCCUUUGAUACAUCCAUCGCCACUAAUAUCCUUCCUGGCAAGGCUGAGCUGAAGAUACUGGAAAGCGAGUUGGAACAGAUUCCUGGAGAAAUACCCGUUCGUCCAGUCUCUAUCGCUUUGACAGCGAUCAUUAAGACCACAGUCCCAGAAACUGAUCCUGAUUUUGAUCCUAGGGCAGAGGAGAAGAAGGAGUCGACGGAUUUCCUGUGUAUCGACGACCAAGAUCCUGGAGCAAAGGUGUUGACUCCAUUGCAGAACGAGAGCUUCAGUUUAGGAGACGACGUCGAUCCAUUUGAUACUAGUUUCGCCAGCGUAGGACCUGGAAGGACUGAAUUAAAGUUACUCGAAUCCGAAUUGAUGGAAAAAUAUCAAUUAAACUCAUCUAUCAACAUGGAUUCCAAAGGAGGAAACCCUUUCUUGAUGGACGACUACUACGAAGUCGAGUCCAAUGACAAGAUACCUGGACAGGCGUCCAAUCCGUUUCUUCAAGAUUUCGGAGAUACGGAAGCAGCUGGUGGAGGAGAAAACCCUUUCUUGAAUUUCGGAGGAGACCAAACGUACCAGUCGAACGUCCCUGUUGACUCGACAAACCCCUUUGCCGCCUUUGCCGCCGAGACCGAGGAAACUGCGCCUAGUACCGACUCCGAAACGACAACCACCGAUACUACUGCAGCUAAUAUCUUCUCUACCCAAUCGACAAAUAUAUUCGUGACGAGCGGUAGUAAGCCGAGCACAAACCUUUUCGAUGCUUCGCUUUCUUCUCAAUCGUCGGACGAACUAUUUGGUCAAUCUGCACCUCCUCCUACACCAGCAGCGGCAACAAGUCCUGCUCAGCCAAAGAAUGGGAAAACGGCGCCAUCGAGGCCGCCUCCGCCGAGGCCUCAACCUCCAGCACCUCCUAAAAACACUAAAGACUUGAUCCUAUCCGUGACUGGCGCCUUGGAUGCUACCUCGAAUCAUCUUUUGGAUCGAUUACAGGCAACCAGGACACCCAGUCCCACGUUAAUGCACUCUCCGUCUCCUACUCCGGAACACAGUUUCGCAGAUUUCCUGGAUGUCGACUCGAAUGUUCCAGACUUAUUAUCCGACGAUAGCAAAGUGGUAGAACCACCGAAGAAUCAAGACAUUAUGGAUCUCUUCGAUGCCCCCAAUACAGAAACGACCACCAGUACUAUCUUCUCCACCUCGAUGACCACGAAAGACACCACUAGUUUGGUGACAGGGCUGGCUCCAAUUAGCGCUGCAACUCAAGACAAUCCAUUUGUCAGUAUUACAGAUCAAGACUACACGGAAAAUGCAUCUGUGUCUAGCGAAAAGAGACUUUCCAUCUCUUCUACGACAGGGAUUGUUGGCAGUGACAGUGACUUAGAUUUCAACACAGAAUCUCUUUUGUCCUUUGGUACAAAAACAUCUUCUCUUCCACCGAUUAGUACUACCGAUACCAUGUCUACACCAUUUUCGACAUCCAUGCAAACACCCAGUACACAAUCUCUGUUUGCAACUAGCGAAAUUACUAUGCCCUCUACUCAAACGACUGGACCGUUUUCAUCCGACUUGCUUGGCGAUUUUGGUGAACCUACUACAGAUAUUAGUGGCAUAACGUCGACUAGUCCAAUUCCUGCUGCGGAAUUUCCUAUUAGCGAAGCUUAUAAACCCGAAGAGCAGCUAAGUAGCUUGACAGCUGGACAAAUUCCUACGACAAAAGUCGAAGAGAGUACUGCGGAUACAUUCGAUAUCUUUGCCUCGAAGUUUGACAAGGCUGCUGAACAAGAAACCAGUACUGGAGAUCCUUUCUUAGAUGCCUUUGGUGGUGGACCUACUGCCAUGGACACAUCUAGCGAUGUUUGGGGUGAUUCCUCUGCGACUGGAUCAGAGACAGCGGUGACCGGAUUCGGAGAAACUGAUGGGUUUGAUUCGUUCUUGAGUAUGACUGCUCCUCCCCCAGAACCAACGGUAAAGCGAACCGAAUCUGUUGAAUCAGACGUGGGACCAGACUUUAGUGUAUUCAUUAAACCGAAAGAAGAUGAUCAAACUGGAAUGAUCGAGGGUGGAGCCGUUCCUGUAUUAGCGCCACCGCCAAAAAGCCCGCAAAACACAGCUUAUGUCGAUACCUCUCCACGAUUCAAUCCCUUUGAUAAGUCAGGAUCCGCACAAGACGCUAUCCCCACUACGGAAGCUGUUCAAGCUGCUGAAAUCACCAGAACAGAUUCUCAGGAAACACCCCCAACUCCACUAUUCGAUGAGGAUGUCAGUCAACCUCUAGAAGAUUUCCCAAGAGUAACAUACACAGGUGAUGGCUGGGAUAUGCAUCUACGUCAGCCUAACAAAAAGAAGAUAACCGGUCAACGAUUCUGGAAGAAAAUUUUUGUGAAAUUGGUUUAUCAAGGUGACAAUCCCGUACUCCAGUUAUUUAACAGCAGGGAGGAUAAGGAUCCUUUUCAAGAAUUACCUCUAGUUCCUUCGUAUUCAAUCUCUGAUAUUGGAGCACAGCAAUUUGAUCAAUAUGGGAAAAUAUUUACGGUGAAGUUGCAAUACAUAUUCUAUAAAGAACGACCUGGAGUUCGACCUGGCCAGGUGACCAAAGCAGAGAGGUUAACUAAUAAACUCAGCCAGUUCGCCGCAUACGCCAUUCAGGGUGAUUAUCAAGGAGUGAAGGAAUUUGGAAGUGAUCUGAGAAAACUUGGUAUUCCUGUCGAACAUGCGCCGCAGAUUUCUCAGCUUUUCAAGCUUGGUUCUCAGUGCUACGAGGAUAUGAAACAGUUCUCUAGUGCGAUUGAAGAGGCUUUAUUUAGAUUACCUGCUCACAGAGAUCGAGCGCUCAAUUAUAAAAUGGAAGAUGUACAAAUAACAGUCGUUGAUGAGCUAUAUGUAGAACAGAACGCGCAAGGUCAAGUUGAAAAACAAAUAGCGCGUGUUCGAUUAUUUUUCUUGGGCUUCCUCUCUGGAAUGCCUGAUGUCGAGUUGGGAAUAAACGACAUGUGGCGUCAGGGAAAAGAAGUGGUGGGCAGACAUGAUAUAAUUCCAGUGGUAACUGAAGAAUGGAUACGUCUCGAAAAUGUUGAAUUUCACUCUUGCGUUCAGCAAGACGAAUACGAGAAAUCCAGAAUCAUAAAGUUCAAGCCACCGGAUGCAUGCUAUAUUGAACUAAUGAGAUUCCGAGUAAGGCCUCCUAAAAACAGAGAGCUUCCCCUUCAGCUUAAAGCUGUAAUGUGCAUUACCGGUAACAAGGUAGAACUGAGGGCGGACGUUCUUGUGCCGGGAUUUGCUUCGCGGAAACUGGGACAAGUACCCUGCGAGGAUGUGAUGGUCCGUUUUCCCAUCCCAGAGUGCUGGAUUUAUCUGUUCAGAGUAGAAAAACACUUCAGAUAUGGGUCCGUAAAGUCAGCUCACAGAAGAACGGGAAAGAUCAAAGGUAUCGAAAGAUUCCUUGGUGCAGUUGACAACUUGGAGCCUCAGCUGAUGGAAGUCACGUCAGGUCUGGCAAAGUACGAGCAUCAACAUCGUGCUAUUGUUUGGAGAAUGUCCAGGUUACCGAAAGAAGGACAAGGCGCAUACACAACGCACCAAUUGAUUUGUCGAAUGGCUCUAACUUCCUAUGACCAAAUUCCUGAGAAUCUAGCUGAAUACUGUUACGUGGAAUUUACAAUGCCAACGACCCAGGUGUCACACACUACUGCAAGAAGUGUUAGCUUUCAGAAUAACGAUAGUGAUACUCCACCAGAGAAAUAUGUCAGAAAUUUGUCGCGACACGAAUACAGGGUUGGAAUUGAGCAUACGCAAGGUGAAGGCCCUGGGGCGUACGUAUCAGCAACGUUCACGAGAAAAAUUCCGGAAACAACGCCGGAAACUCAAGGCGAAGCAUCGGACGCUGGCGCGGAAUCUGAUUCGGAUUCCUCCGAUUAAUUUCCAGUCAGUAAAUAAGGUAACGGUUAACACGUACGAAACUUAAGGAGAAAUACUUGUUAAUGCUAAGGUGUAUACUGAAAACAAAACGAUGCCUGUGACUGGACGCAUGGCGUUUCACGAAUCGCGGUUUGAAAUGGAUAGACAUUAUCCACACGAAUAAACGCAACACGUAAUGGAAAUAAUCGCGUGAAGGUAGAAAACAAAGGUAUAUAAAUCCCAGUAGUUUCGAACGCACAUCAGUAUUAAACGAUCAGAAUAAUCGUUCGUGUGGAUUCAGCUUUAGAUUCAACCACUGCGAUCCGUGAAACGCCAGCGUCACCGCGUGUUCAUGUAACGCAUAACAGUUAACGAGAUGUACGUAUGAAGGGAGUAAUUUCUAAGGGAGGACAAUACCGAUUUUACGUUCAGUUUAGCUUGCUAAGUAGUAAUACGCAUUCGCAGUGAAAGGCUUUGCUCUGCUCAAGUUGCGCGUUUCAAAGACGGAUCAACGAUUUUAGCUAUUCAAAAAUUGGGUAAACAAUUUCUUUCAUUCUUUUAAUUCAACCGUAUUUAUAUUUGUAAACGUUCGUUUAAUUUAUAUUAAUUUCGAUUAUUCUGAUUCCAGUGGUCAAUACAUUUCGGAUAUUUCAUUUGUUUAAUGAUUCUGUCGUAUCAACACGACGAUCAGAGGACAAUAGUUGUUAAUUAAGGAAAUCGUUAUAAUUCGAAGGAACGUGCAGCGCAUAUCUUAUCGUUUGAGCUUGCAGAUGAUCUAUAUCGAAUGUUAUCUAGUCGUUUUUGAAAAGUAGUUUAUUCAGAUUAAUCAUCGGUUACUAGACACGUAAGUAAAUAUUAAUGAAACAGGUAUCGACAAUUUUACCAUACAAAAAGCGGAUAUAUUAUUUGUAUAAUAUUAACGCAAGCAUGGGAGACUGCAGUUAAUCUAGUCUUUAAUAACUUUUUGUUCUUGUACGCGAUGUAAGGUGCAAGAAUAUGUUCAAACGCUUUGCAAAUCGAUAUAGCUAAGUCGUAGCCAUAAGUUUUCGUUUCACGUUCUAUUUUUUCUUUUUUUUUUCAAAAAUUUGACCGUUGGCGUUAACGGUUGGAAAGUCGAAAUAUUUUGUGUAAAGUCUAAGUAAAAAAAAAGUCUAUUUAUCUAUAGGUAAGAUGACAGAU